AUUGGGAGAGGUGCGACGGAUGGUGAAUAGGUUAAUUGAACCCAUGCAAGAGCAAUUGGAAAUGUUGCAAUUGGAGAAUAGGAGGCAGCAACGAAAUUCUCCCGCUCAACCACCACCUAGGCAGAUGCAGCAAAGAGAAAAUUGGGGUGACAUAGAAAGAGAAGAGGAGUUGGAAGAGUUGAAUGAGCCACCAUUGAACCGGGGUAGGUUUAGGCAUGGGAAUGGGAAUAGAGAAGUUAAGAAUCGGGAGGACAAUAGUUUGGGCAACAUCAAAAUGAAUAUUUCACCAUUCCAGGGAAAAGCAGAUCCGGAAGCCUAUCUUGAGCAAGGACAUCAGAGUGUGGAGGAGAAUUAUCAAGAGAUGGAGAAAGCCAUGAUUAAAGCCAAUGUAAAAGAAGACCGAGAGGCAACGAUGGUGAGAUUCUUGCAAGGAUUGAAUCUAGACAUCCAUGAUUGGCUAGAGAUGCAACACUAUGUGGAGAUAGAAGACAUGUGCUUUAGAUGUCAAGGCAAGGGUCACAUAGCGAGUCAAUGUCCAAACAAGCGGGUUAUGGUGAUGCAAGACAAUGGUGAAAUUGUGACCGAAGAUGAAGAUUCUAACACCAAUGAAAUGCCACCAUUGGAGGACGCCUAUGAGAAGGAGUUUGCUGUACAUGGAGAUUUUAUGAUUAUUGAUGGUGGUAGUUGUACUAACGUUGCUAGCACAACCAUGGUGGAAAAAUUAGGAUUGCCUACGCUAAGACACCCUAGUCCAUACAAGUUGCAAUGGUUGAAUGAUAGCAGCGAGGAUUACGAGGAUGUCUUUCUCGAUGAAAUGCCACCUGGAUUACCUCCAAUACGAGGGAUUGAACAUCAAAUUGAUUUUUUUGUGAAGGGCUUUAGCACUUUGGCAGCACCACUUACUGAAGUAAUCAAGAAGAACAUUGGAUUCAAGUGGGGCAAAGAGCAAGAAAAGGCAUUUCAGCUAAUCAAGCAAAAAUUGAUUAACGCUCCAUUAUUGUCUUUACCUAAUUUUGAUAAAACGUUUGAGAUUGAAUGUGAUGCUUCAGGUGUAGGUAUUGGUGCAGCACUCAUGCAAGAGGGUCGACCAAUUGCAUAUUUUAGUGAAAAGCUAAGUAGGGCAGCUCUAAACUACCCAACUUAUGACAAAGAGUUGUACGCAUUGGUUUGGGCAUUAAAAGCAUGGCAGCAUUAUCUUUGGCCUAAGGAGUUUGUGAUACACACUGAUCAUGAAUCAUUGAAGCACUUGAAAGGCCAACACAAGUUGAACAAGAGGCAUCCGCGAUGGAUGGAGGUCAUCCAGACGUUUCCAUACGUCAUCCAAUAUAAGCAAGGUAAGGAGAAUGUUGAUGGGAAUCAAGAUGACCCCACAUGUACCACGACAAGAGAGCCAUUACAUAUUCCAGGAGGUCCAGCCACGAGAGCUAGAGCUAAGAAGAUGCGAGAAGCUUUAAAUGGCCUUAUUGAGCAGAUCUGGGUUGAUAACAACAUGCACAAGUAAAUCAAAACUUGGAUGAUUAUCAAGGCAUGAUAAACAUUAUUCAGGUUCAAGAGAAGCUUAAUUGAGGGCAUUUAUGCUAGAUUAUACAGUUUGCGUCAAUCUCGCAAUUCUGUCGCAAUUUGUAACAAACUGAUAUUUCAUGU